UAAAGUUUCGUUUAGUGAAAAAGUACAUAAACUAUAUACAGUUACUUGUAAAGCGUUACUAAAAAGAAUCUAAAAUAAAAUUAAUAAACUAAAGCAAUCGCAUUACUACGCUGUGAAAUGUUUGUAAAGUCUGGUAAAGCGGAUCCCGCUUCCUUCCCGUGACGAUCGUCUCGAUCGCAUCGAUCUUUCUCGAAUCCUUUCUUACAUUCAUAUGAAGGAGAUUCCAGCCGCAGUCCAGCCGCCCAAUAGAAUUGGCGACGGAAGUCGACCGUGUCUCGUGUGUCGAGUGCAUAGAUUUCAAUCUAAUUAUCCUUGGUGCGUUACGGACUGUGGGUGAAUUUUCAAACAUGAGCGGGCAGCUCAAAACAGUCCACGGUACGAUGUGAAUGUGUCUAGCGUGUUCAGCGUACAUACGCUCGUCAAUUAGUGGUGUGUAAAAUUUUCAAAAAAUAAAGAACCCACGUCUAACUUGAUUGUUACAUAUUGUGAAAAACAGAGCAAAGUGUCAACGAACAUGGUGUGUUUCGUGUUUACGAUCUUCUUUUACCACUGAAACAGUUAGGUUGAAAAUGUAGCUGUACAAAGUGAUCGUUUGUAUGCGCAGCAAGAGUGACAAACUAUGUAUCAGUUGUAUCAGUUGUUGGGAAACGUGUACCUCAUUUCAGCACAUUAACAUAUCAAAAAUUCAGUUGGUACCAAAAAUCAAUACAAAAAAUCUCUUUCGGUGUACCGUGAAUCGCUCUAGAAAUUGUUCCUUGAAAUGUUUUAAACGCUGAUUGGGAACAACCACUAUGUAAGGUUGGCGGAACUGAGAGGAACACACACACACAGUGAAUUCCCCUUGUAACGGUUGCGUAAUCCGAGAACAACCCCGUGAAAGCCAUCGUCGGCCAUUGAAAGUGUGCGCCGGAACGUUUUUCACCCUCCGAAGCCAUAUCAGUUCCAUGUUCUCUUGUACACGAUUUCCGCUCCGUGUUUGGUGCUUAACGCUCUCCAGCAGCUCACCAGCGCGCUCAGUGUGACGCCUUACUGUUACUACUAUCGUGUCCCGCCGACGUGAGUUAGUAGGCAAACGGUUCCGGAACGGUGUGGCAGCGUAGCAAAAAACAUCCCUUUGAACGGUUUAGUUGUUUGUCGAUGUUUGUGUGCAGCAGUGACAUCGAUGAUGAUGGCGAUGGUGUGUUGCUUACUAGCCGGAUUAAGCUUUUGAAUGUGUUAAAAGUUCGUACCUUAUGUAUAAAGUGUGUGAUACUGUAUGUGUGUGUGCAUUGAAACGGUAACCCGUUACUAAAGUUCUCAUUGGCGAGUGCUUCAGUGUGUCGAUCGCGUACUGCCAUAUGAUCAAGGCGAAUAUGAUGAUGAUGAUGGUGGAAAUGGUUGUGCUUUAAAUGCGUGCACGAGCAAAACACAAACACAAACAACACAGUACAGCGAUGAGAAAUUCAAUUUGUAGUGCAAUGUCAGCUAAAAUGCAGGUUAUGAAAUCGGUGUAAUCGUAGCAUUUAUUUCAAACAUUGUUCGAACAGUAAUACACAACUUUUCAUUAAAAGCUUUUGCAAGUAAUGCAAAAUAAAUUCACCAUCAGCAAGGUGUUUAAAAAAUGCUGCAUUUCAUACAACUGUGCAUCGUGAAAUCUGUGAAUCUGUGGAAUCUAACUUAGUGUAACAAAGGGUUAGCACGGUUUCCUGUAAACACAUUCUAGUACAUUCACGCAUUUAACAGUUGGUUUAUUUUUGCAUUAUUAUUCUGAUACAGUAAACAAAACAGCCCAUAAAGGAUUCUACGAAAGGAAAAAUAAAGGUGAAUGGUGAUUAAAACACUCAUUACAAUAGGAGUGAAGUGAUUUCUAUCUGGGAAUAUUAAAACUCAUAGCAUAGAUUUGUGCAAUAGUGAAUGUUCCUGUACAACAUGGUUACAAAACGAUACCCUACUUAAACGUUUCUCUUCGAUUUUUGUGUGAUUGCACAUUCAUCUGUGUAAACUGUUUCAUUAAUAAACAAAGUGUAUUUACUGUUAGAUCUACAAAAUGACGAAAAAAACGUCAACCAUUGGCCAUUUUUCGGCCAGCACUUCCGGCACGGUCGGACAGACGGGUGGAAUGAGCAACUUUGGCACGGGAACCAGUGGAAUGGAGAGCAUCGACAAGCAGGCCCUAUCGUCGUCCGGGCAGCAGGCUCACCAGCAUCACGAGCAUCCGUCCGGCAUCGGCGGUAAAAGCUCCGAGCAGCAGCGCCCGCACCAGCAUCAGUCCCAGCAUCAUCACCACCAUUCGCACCAAGUGCAGCAAUCGGUAGGAAAAAUGCGGGACAAACACACCGUGCACUGGUUUCGCAAAGGAUUGCGGCUGCACGAUAAUCCGGCCCUGCGCGAAGGACUCCGUGGGGCGCGAACGUUUCGGUGUGUUUUCAUCAUCGAUCCCUGGUUCGCGGGCAGCUCCAACGUGGGCAUUAAUAAGUGGAGAUUCCUUCUUCAAUGCUUGGACGAUUUGGAUCGAAACCUAAGAAAGCUUAAUUCGCGGCUGUUUGUGAUACGAGGUCAACCGGCGGACGCGUUGCCAAAGCUGUUCAAAGAAUGGGGCACAACCUGCUUGACGUUCGAGGAAGACCCCGAACCAUUCGGCCGCGUGCGGGACCACAACAUCUCGGAAAUGUGCAAAGAGCUUGGAAUCGAGGUCAUUUCCGCUGCAUCUCACACACUCUACAAUUUGGAAAGAAUCAUCGAAAAAAACGGAGGCCGCGCACCGCUAACCUACCACCAGUUUCAAGCCAUUAUCGCCUCAAUGGAUGCGCCACCGCAGCCGGAAGCAGCCAUCACGCUGGACGUGAUCGGGAACGCCAACACGCCCCAGUACGACGAUCACGACGACAAGUACGGUGUGCCGACGCUGGAGGAGCUCGGUUUCGAGACGGAAGCCCUUAGGCCACCGGUUUGGAUUGGCGGCGAAACGGAAGCGCUCGCCCGUCUCGAACGGCACCUCGAACGGAAAGCGUGGGUCGCCUCGUUCGGCCGGCCCAAGAUGACGCCGCAGUCUCUGCUCGCUAGUCAAACGGGUCUGUCGCCCUACCUGCGCUUCGGGUGUCUCAGUACGCGCCUGUUCUACUAUCAGCUAACCGAUCUGUACAAAAAGAUCAAGAAAGCGUGCCCCCCACUGUCGCUGCACGGGCAGUUGCUGUGGCGGGAGUUUUUCUACUGUGCCGCGACGAAAAAUCCCACCUUCGACAAGAUGGCCGGCAAUCCGAUCUGCGUGCAGAUUCCGUGGGACCGUAACGCGGAAGCGCUGGCCAAGUGGGCGAGCGGGCAGACCGGCUUCCCGUGGAUCGAUGCGAUCAUGACGCAGCUGCGGGAGGAGGGUUGGAUCCACCAUCUGGCGCGGCAUGCCGUGGCCUGCUUCCUGACCCGUGGCGACCUCUGGAUAUCGUGGGAGGAGGGCAUGAAAGUGUUCGAGGAGCUACUGCUCGAUGCGGACUGGUCGGUCAAUGCGGGCAUGUGGAUGUGGUUGUCGUGUUCAUCGUUUUUCCAGCAGUUCUUCCAUUGCUACUGCCCGGUCAAGUUUGGUCGCAAGGCGGACCCGAACGGUGAUUACAUCCGGCGAUAUUUGCCGGUUUUAAAGAACUUCCCUACCCGCUUCAUCCACGAGCCCUGGAAUGCUUCCGAGAGUGUGCAGCGGGCGGCCAAGUGUCUCAUUGGCAAGGACUAUCCGCUGCCGAUGGUUAACCAUGCGAUUGCUUCCCGCGCCAACAUGGAACGCAUCAAGCAGGUGUACCAACAUCUUGCCAAAUACCGCACACCGAGCGGCGGGUGCUACGAGGGCGACUGUACCGAAAAGGGCGGCUCCGCCAUCGCGGGGGUCAUGACGGCGGCCAAGGUGCAGCACAUGAACACGAGCAGCAUGAACGACAGCCCCAGCCCCACUACUAUCCUGACGAGUGUAAACAGCUCGGGAAACUACAUGUGCCGCAGUAAUCCGCCCGCACAAAGCGACCACAACGGGAAGGUAAUCACGUACCAUCAGCUGCUUAGCGGCCCGGACCCAAGAUCAGCGCUCGGUGGCAAUGGCAGUGGUGGGGAUCGAGGCAAUGCUGGUGCGCCUGACGACACCAAACACGGCGAUGGUACCGAUGGUAGCAAUCAUCUCAUGGCCGGGAAAGAGUCGAUCUCCCAGCACCAGCAAUCACAGUUGCAGCAUUCGCACCAAGCACAGAGCCUGGAUCAGCAGUCGCAGGAAAACAGCAACAGCGUGGCAAACAGUGAGCAACGGUACGGGACACUGCCCGUCGCCGAGUACGCGGCAAUCAAACCGGACAGUCUCAGUACGCUGAUACGGGCCGGCAAUCUGACAUCCGCUGGGACGCGCUUCUCCAAUCUGCAGGAUCAGCUCAGCAACAGCCUGAUGUCGCUGGAGUGUGAUGCGCUGGCGACCAAGCUCAAGCCCAACAACUACGAGUACGAGCGGAACCAGAAUAUUUACAACAGCCAGUUCAAGGUGGAGUACAGUGACAACUUCAACUCGGGCUACGGUUUGCGCAAUGCCGUGUUCUACGGUGGCAAACGGGAGGACGAGAACGAAGACACCAAAGCGGACAACAUGAACAACAACCACAGCGAUCAGCUCACGGGCGACAACAGUGCCGACGAGCGGGCAGUGCCCAAUGACGCGGACGACGAUGAUGAAUCCACCAUGACCACACUCCAGGCCACGGAUGCACAUUCGGCGCCACAUGCACUGCUCUUUGCGGCCAACAAAUCCAAAAUCAAACAGGAAUCACUGGUGCAGCAGUCCUCGCGUAUGUUUCUCGAACCACCGAAGCACCACGCCAGCCGGGGAGCCAAACCACAUCGCUCCCGGUGCGAGGCGACAGAAGCACGCUCGCACCUCGUAGAUUCGCAGGUUAAAAAGGAACAGCAGAUCACCUCGCAAGCGCUGCCACCACACUCCAUGCACACCGAUUGUGAUUAUGAACCAGAAAGUCAUAAGCUGUUGGCCGAAAACUAUCGUCAGCAGCAUCAGCAGCAGCAGCAACAACAACAGCAACAGCAGCAGCAACACGAACACGAACAACAACAGCAGCAGAAUUCAAUGUUAGCAACCCAACAAAGGCUGGAAGCGUCACAGAUGGAUCAAGGAACUGAUCAACCAAUGCAGGAGUCACCUUGCAACGAAGAAAAGAUUGGUGCGGGGGAUUAGUUUGCCUUAGAAUCGGUCACGUUUGGUGCAAAUCACACGUUUAUGAUAUGGCGUUUUAGGUUUCGUCGUUCAUUGACGACCCUGCCUCUUAGCCUAUCUAACAUCAAUUCCAUGUAUUACGAAUGAAUUUCGCAAAUAUUUUCUUACAAAACAAAGCUAUUCUGCUUUUGAGAACACACUUGAAUAAAAUGUAAUAGUAUACAAUAGAA